AUUCUUCUCACCACUCUACACGCAACUUCCAUUUCCACUCCAUAAAAGGAACCCCCUCAAUUCCAACCUCCUCAGUCCUCACUCUUCAAUCAAUUCCUCUUUUUCCUCCUCCUCCUCAGCUAAACAGCAUCUCUCCCUCUGCUCUUUGCCGUUUUCUGCGCUGCCUGCUCUCUGUAUCUCCUACAUCAGAUUACAGAAUUAUCAGAUGGCUCUAGAGGCUCUGAAUUCUCCUAGGACGGCCGCUCCUUCGCUCCAUUAUGACGACAUGGAUCUCCACUGCCUUGAGCCAUGGGCCAAGCGGAAGCGCUCCAAGCGUCCUCGUCUCGAAAAUCCACCCACGGAGGAAGAGUACCUCGCCCUCUGCCUCAUCAUGCUCGCUCGUGGCGGUGCUACCUCUGGUGAUGCACACCACAACCACUCCCCAUCCCCUCCUCCCCCACCCCCUGCCUUGAAACUCAAUUAUAGGUGUACCGUCUGCAACAAGGCUUUUUCUUCCUACCAAGCCCUUGGGGGACACAAGGCCAGCCACCGCAAGCUCUCUGGCAACGACGACCAGUCAACCUCGUCCACCACCACCACCACCACCUCUACAGUCAAUCACACCGUCAAUCCAGGUGGAAAGAUCCACGAGUGUUCUAUUUGCCACAAGUCUUUUCCCACUGGACAAGCCUUGGGUGGACACAAGCGCUGUCACUACGAUGGUGGAAACACCAACAUCACCGCUACGUUAUCGUCGGAUGGUGCUGCUUCGAGCCACAGUCUCCGCGACUUCGACUUAAACAUGCCGGCUUUACCUGAAUCCUUACCGGGUUUCGGCGUGGCUGCUGGAGGGAAAUCCGAGAUUCAUGUGGACGAAGAAGUAGACAGUCCUCUGCCGAUGAAGAAGCCACGUCUCUUGAUUCCAGCCGAAGACACUUCUUAUUCACGGGAUUAGUAGAGAUGGAUUAUCCGGAUGAGCGGAGCAACUUGUGUUAAUGGCUUCUAUUGUUUUUUUGUUUGAAUUAAUAUUUUUGAUAGUUUAAAAUAUUAUUGUUUCUGUACAGAGAAUCUUUCAUUCUUUGUAAACUACAUGGUUUGAACUCUGAAUGGUUAAUAUUGGUUUUUUUGAAUUUUUAAAAUUACGUUUAUGUAAUUAGCUUUUCUUCCAUCUGAGAGAGUGAGGAAGAGGAAUGCACCGACUCACUUGGUCCGGUCUCAAUUACAAUUUCGAGUUAGGCGUCUAUCCUAACUGUACUUUGAACCUAAAAACUUUGAUCAGUUAAUCCGUUA